AUGACUCAAAACUCGGGACGGGCGGACGCUACCCAUGAAAUUUCUUCCAACUCGGAGAGCGAGGAGUCGCUCGAUCCUGAUUCAGGAAGGUCUCCUGCGUUCUUGACGCCUGAGGAAUCUCCUGCUACAUCGGAGUACCAAACUCCUUCCAGCACCCGCCCGCCGUCAGCUCGCGUCCAGGGGUGGGAGGAGCAGGAGAGGACAGGGAGUGUAACAGAGACCUGCACGGCUCCGACUUUCUCGAAGACAUCAGGGAAACUUGUCAACCAUCUCACGAUCAACAUCAAGUGCGAUGAAGGUGACAUCAUCUACUACACGACAGACGGCAGCAAGCCCAGCUCGUCGAAUGACAACGCCACUCUGUACAGAAACUCUCAGGGCUGUGUGAUCAAGAAGGAAAUGGCCGUGUCGGGGAAGAUCACAGUGAGAGCGAAGGCUUGCAACAGGAUGAAGAGGUCCUCAGAGGUGGUGGAGGCUGUCUUCCAAGUGCUCGAGCCCACCAUGCUUGUUCAAGCUGCUGCUCAAGCCUCAGAACAGGCGAAGACUCUAUUGAGCAAAGCAAGGAGGAUGGCCUUUAUCAACGACAGAGACUAUCAGGCAGUUUGCGCCAUCGCCCUCCAGAUGGCCUACCGCCAACACCUGGCGCGGGUCUACUUCGAGCAGCGGAAGCGAGCGAUCAUUCAGAUCCAAAGUUUCAUGCGGCAGUUCAUCUCCAUCUGGGUAGUCCGUGAGAUGUACGAGAAGCGCUUCCGAAGGGAGGCGGAUAAGAACGUCGGAUGCCUCGUGGUGAAGCUUCGGCUCAAGGGCGAAACCGUCGCAUCUCUCAGCGAGUCCAAGAAGAGGAUCAUCUUCGAGAGCGCUGCCGAUGCUGUCAAAAUGCCGCGAGGGAGCUGGAUAGUGUGGAAGGUGGAGGAGUGCCUGUCUUCCAAGUACCUCAAACCACACUUCGAAGAGGACAAGCAGGCAAGGAUCAAGGAGAGUAUCGCGUGCGGGCAGCUGGAGAGGCUGAUGGAAAGCAAGGGGCUCAGCUGCAAGACCUCGUACAGGGAAAGAGAUCCCAACAAGAAGGUGAAGCAGAACACGCAGAACGGGUGGAAGAGGGUCGCCUCCAAGACUGGCGAAUACUUCUUCUGGAACAAGUACUCGGGCGAACGGACAUGGCGCGUGCCUGACGAGCUCGCGGGCGUCGAUCUGGAAGAGGUUCCGAUCGCCGAGAAGAAGUAUGAGGUGCUGGAAGUGACGGUGAAUCCCGAGAAGAACAUGAGCGUCGAGAGCCGCGUAGAUAGUCUGCUCCAGGUCAUCGGUAAAGGCGAUAAUAUCCUCCGGCACAACGAAGACAGGCUGAGAGUCAACGGAGUCCAGCUGAAGCCCGUCAGCCAUGUCAGCAGAGAGAAGGAGUCAAACCCUGCGGCCUCUGCCUCCUCCUGCUCCCCCAAGCUGCGGGAUGCGAGCUCCUGGCAGUCCUCUACGCACACCUGCGAUGGACGCUCAUUCUGCUGGCGAGUGAGGAGGAAGGAGUUGAGGAGGAAAGGAGGGCAAGGGGAAGGAGUGGAGGAGAAGAGCAGGUGA